UCACUGGGAGGUCCAGAUACUCCCAGAACAUUCUGGUACUGACUGCUGGACCCGGUGCUUCCAAACUGGGAGUCAGAACCAGGUUCAGACCCACUUUCUGCACCUGAUAAAAUUAUUGAACCUGUCAGAAAAAAAAUUUUUCUCAGUUGUAUUUCCAUUUUUAAUUCAUAAUUGUCACAAUUUAAUAAGAAAUUGUUGUUUGUUUGCUAAUAUUUAGCUUAGCUGAUAUGGCUAAUUUUAGCUAAAUAUUCAGCUAAGCCUGGCUGAUAACAGGAAGUGAAUUACCAAAAUAAAAGCUGGGUCUUCCAAAACUCUAUAUAAACUGCUUUUGAGUUGUUUCUUGUUACUUCUUUAUCAUUGUUUAUUUUCUUCUUUUCUUGUCCAAUAUUUCAGCUGAGCCAUUUAAAGGCAGGACAGAAGUUUACUAAUCGAUCAAUAGCAGGCGCGCUCCAGUCAGUCCACAGUCAGCACACCUGAAUCAGAGCUGAUCCCCAUCUAUUGGAGGACUGGACUUGAGCAGCUCUGACCUACAGCAACAAUGAUGCACCAGCAUGGAAAGAUUCAGCCUAAGACCCAGCUUUGAUUUUGAAAAUCUACUUCCACUUAUCAGGAAGUGAAUUUGCAUAUUAGCUAUUUAUUUAAUUUAAUUACUGAAAAUUUUACCUCCAUGUUUUUGGGGGGGAGGAGGGGUUAUAAUUUUUGACUAAUUUGUGAAGAGGCUGCCUGGUAACAAGAUGGCUGUUAGGAAACGGUGACAGGAAGCAGAAGAGGCCCUCCAGGCUUGUUUUGAAGCAACUGAUUGGAUCGUUCUCUGCCAGCCUCACGAAGAUGAGGCCAUGAUGGACAUGAAGCUCUGUGUGGACGGCAGCAGAGAGAAGCUUCCUGAACGACAAACCCUGGAUCAGCAGGGGCCUGAAGGAACCAAAGAGCCUUUAGGGAACGGGACGGGGAACGGAAGCAGCUCCAGUCCAGAUUAGAGACAGAAGAACCUGGAGGAUAAACUGCAGAGGAACCGAAUCAGAGAAUCAGGAAGGAGGAAGAUCUCAGGCUGCGAGCAAAAGGAGGAUCAGAUGGACGGAAGCCUGGAAGGAGCAAAAGAGCCGAAGACAUUCGGACAGGUUCAGGAUCAUCAUCAUCCCACCUUCCUCUGACCCUCAGCUUCCUGCCAAACCUUCGAUCUCCUAACUUCCUCCUCAGUCGUGGAUCUUCUGCUUCCACUAGUUUGACUCCGACCAGAUCAGGAGCUGCUGCUCCGUUUGCCUCCUGAUCUGGUUCUGGACCUGAAGAGGCAGCUGGAGAGACGGAACCAGAACCAGGUCCAGAUGGUGUUGGUCCUGAAGGCCUGAGGCUGCAGAGCGGUUCUGUGGGAUUCUGCAGCAUCUCUUCAACCUCAGCCCGACACAACAGAAGGUUCUGUUGCUGUGGACGACAUCCUGCCUGGUUCUGGUACCAGAGAAAACUCAUCAACGACUGUAGACCUGUUGCCAUGACAACCCACAUCAUGGAGGUCCUGGAGAGACUCCUGUUGGCCCACCUGAACAAGCUCAUAUCAGGACCCCCUGCAGUUUGCGUAUCGCCAUGGAGACGGAGACGCCAUCUUAACCUGCUUCAUGAACCCAUUUAAGAGGAUUCAGCCUGAUCUGCUCUGUGAGGAACUUCAGGAGACUCAGGUGGAGCCGGAACCUGAUGACCUGACAACCUGAUGACCUGACGACAGACUGCAGGUAGAGACCGGAGGACUGAUCAUCCAACCAGGUGGUCAGUAACACAGGAGCACCACAGGGCUCUGCUCCUUUUCUCUCUAUAUACUUCAGACGUUCAGCGCAAGACUGACAUCUGCCAUCUACAGAAAUACUCAGAUUACAGAAAUACUCAGAUUACAGAAAUACUCAGAUUACUCUGCAGUUGAUGGUUUAUCAGAGACGGACAAGAGGCCGAGUACAGAGAGCUGGUGGACCGCUUCGGGUCACGGAGGGAACAGUCAAAUCAUCUGAAAUGUGAACAAAACAAAGGAGAUGAUUGUUGGUUUCAGGAGGAACAGGGUCAAAGGUCAAACCCUGUUUCCAUCAUGGGUGAAGAAGUGGAGGAAGAUAAAAACCUGGAUGUUCAUCUGGACCACAGAGAUGGAGGAAGAGAAAAUCCUUCAGGGUUUGGACCUGCUGUCAGAACCACCGGAACCAUCAGAACCAUUAGAACCAUCAGAAUCAGAACCAGGAGCUAAGAGGCUCAACAGCCUGAAUAAGAAGUCUGGUUCUGUUCUGGUUCUGACUGUGGAUCCUCUGGUGAUGAUGAAGCAAAGAAGGAUUCUGUCCAACCCUCAGCGUCUUCAGUCAGAGUCUUCUUCAGAGUCGCUGUAACACAGACUGCUACAGGAGAUCCUUCCUGCCAUCUUCAACAACUGAAGAACGUAAAGAAAUGAUUUACAGCAACAUUUUAUUAAUAAAUUAAUUAAUAAAGAUUAAUAAAGUAAUCCUGAAUUUUACAAACGGCGCCAUGAAACCAGAGAAAGUCUCCAGAAGUUCGUUUCUCCUGAGGUUCUGUUUGGGUCAAGAUUAUUUUAUAGAUUAUUUAUGUUUCCAUCGGUUAUUUCUGUGUUUUUAUUUUCGUCGUUCCGGUCCGUCGGUUCCGAACCUCUGACCAGCCUCCGCUGGGAUGUUCUGGUCGGUGUUGGCGAGCAUAAACCCAAACACACGAAGAAGAAAGCAGAACCUACUGCUGGCGCACAUGUGCGCGCAUGGGCGAGGCGUGUGCGUGUCCGCGGCGGGAGCGCGCCUCGUGCUGCUGAUGCUGCGGAUGAUGAAGAGGAGGACGAUGAAGAGCGAUCAGAGCUUGGAUCCCAGCUGACCGAUCAGAACUCUCAGGUUCUCUGGACCGGUUCUGCUCUCCGGACCGGGUCGCGGACCACGUGACGCCGCCGCUGCAGGUGACCCAGGUAAGCUGGACCGGAACUCCCGCUAAAAGUCUGCGGGGUGAAGCGGCGCGGCGCGCGGGAGCCGAGCAGCGCGAGCCAGGGUGGUUGUUAUGGUGAUGUUCGGCUCAGAGUCCGAACCAAACCGAACCGAGCUGAGGGAAGGACCCGGGUCAAGCUACACGGGGGUGAGGGGAGUUGAGGUUCGGUUCUCUGAGUCCAACAGGAAGCAGGCAGCUUCCGGUUCGGCGGCUGAUCCAGAUCCAGCUGCGGGAACGGAACAGAACCGGCAGGUGAGCCUGGGAUUACUGCUCACUGAUUGGCUCUGCUGCUCAGAGAGGCAUGCGCGUGCGCGACUCACGUGACACCAACUUGUCUUUGUGUUGACAUGUGGAAUCAGCUGAGUGACGUAAAAACACACAAACUUUACCCAGAGCCAGCGAGAGCCAAUCAGAGAGCAGCCUGGGGUCACAUGGUCCAGGGCGUAGAACCGGGUUCUGGUCCCGGUGGGUCAGCCAUCAUGGACGGCCUAACAGGGUAACCCGCAGGUUAGAAGAUUAAUAUAAUUAUGGUCUUGUUGUUGUGUCUGACCGUCACCAUGACAACAAGAACCUGGCUUCACCUCUUUCCUUUCAUUAGCAGAAAAACUAGAAGAACGAAACCUCGUCUGUCCUCCAGAGUCCAGACCAGUUCGGAGAACAAGUUCUGGCAUUUCUGCUCUUUUCUUCUUCUCUGUUCUGUUUGCUGGGCUUUGCUGUACCAUUCUGCCCCCAGAGGUUACUGCUGGUACUGCUCCGUUUGGAUAGCCACAUCUUGCCGACGUUCCCACUGAGUGGUACGGUUCAGCGUUUUUAUGGUCCAGCGUAUUCAGGAGAACGUUUCCACCAUCAGGAGAACGUUUCCACCAUCAGGAGAACGUUUCCAACAUCAGGAGAACGUUUCCACCAUCUGGAGAACGUUUCCACCAUCAGGAGAACGUUUCCACCAUCGGGAGAACGUUUCCACCAUCGGGAGAACGUUUCCACCAUCGGGAGAACGUUUCCACCAUCGGGUGGAACUCUGACUGGGCACACAAACCCAAACAUGUAGGGUUGCAUCAUGCUAGCACCACGACAAACUUGACGCACUACCACGUCUGGUAAUGUUUCUCCAUCCUCAGCAGUCGGUGUUGUGUGACGCCAGUAGCUCCACCCUAACCGGACUGUACCUUCAGCUUUGGACCUACACUAACGGGGGACCAUGCAUGGUGAGGUACGGGUCGGUUGGGCAGGGAAACAGAACAGCGCUGUCCCAUCAGCAGAUUGGAAGAUAUUCAGGUGUUCAGGUUGUGUAAACCGUUGUGGUUGUGGUUGGGAUGGAGCAGAGUCCUGGCUUUACUUCCUCAUGGCUGUGGAGACCAGCAGCCUUUGGGUUGAGGUACCAGAACCAGUGAGUGGAUUGGUUCAUCCAAACUGGGUUUGAUGGUAGAGGAGGCUGCCUCAGGCUGCUGCCCUAUUGGCUGAUGGCAGCAUGAUGAAUCGGGACCCAGAGGUUCUGAGCCUGGCUCCACAGACAUCUUCUAUCUCCAGAGGCCAUUCGAGUUGGACCUCGAAGGUUCCAGAAAGUACCAGGACCGGCUGCCGCUCUCACGGUGGCAGUUUAUUGGCUGAUUCUGAUCUCUGUUUAGGAUGGAAGCUCCUCCCACGUUGCCUCUUCCAUCCGCCUGCUGAUGGUUAAGGAUCGCACCCAGUGAAGGAGUUCCAGGGUUCCGGGUCCAUCCUUUCCUCUAACAGAAACGGAACAAAGCCCAGUUGGUACCAGAGGUUGAGCACCCCCUGCAGGCCGCCAUGGGAGCUGCAGCUGCCUGAGCGUCUGGCCUGUUGGAUGGCUGCAGGUGAGAAACACUGGAGGGUCUAUGAAGUGGCUCAGCAGGUGAGGAACACCUGGUGGCGCUCCACAGGUGAGCCGGGCUCCGUGGACAGGACCGGAGUGACGAGGGGGCGGAGUCACAUGGGAAGUGCAUGCCAUGGAGGUCAAAGGUCAACUCAUUUUAGCACCUGAGCCCCUCACCUGUCCAAGCAGGAAGCAAAAAGAGCGAAUGGCGGAGCUGCAGGAGAGGAGGCGGAGCCUGCAGGUUCUACUGAGCGCACGAUUGGCCGAGCUGAGGCGGAUCUGCCUCCAGGAGGCGGAGCUGACAGGUGCAGUGCCCAGCGACUUCCCCCUGGAGGCGGGCGAGAAGCCGCCCUGCGUCCGCAGACGAGCGGCGCCGACCCGCCAGGGGAACAGGAAGUGUCGAGUGGAGCAGGAAGAAGACGGCCAGCGGCCCAAACCCAGAAAGACGCUGUUCAGCGCCGCGCUGAGGAAACACAGCGACUCUGAGAAUGGCACACACACUCACACACACACACACCACGGCAAGAGGACAGUGCACCGGGGUUGCCACACAGAUGAUACAGUGAGAUCAGAGAGCAGCUCCACGUCAGACUCAGCAGGAAACGACAACGACAACGGUGGGUCUCAGUGUCGCUCCCUGCUGGUUUCUGCUGGAUCUCCUGUGGAGGUUUUCAACCAGAACAAACCCAAGAAGUCGUCAGUGCUCAGCAGGACUGAACACCGUGAGAACACCAAGCCCCCUCCUCUGCCCCCCUCGCAGCCUCCCCCUCCUCCUCCUCGCUCCCAGGACUCCUCCUCCUCCUCCGACGCGGGGCGGGAGGCGGGCUGUCGGGCGUCGCGCCAGAGCAACGGCUCCGACAGCCUCCUGACCCACAGCACCCCCCCGGAGGACGAGGACGGGGCCCAGCAGGGGCCGCUGCGGCCCAACGGAGCCACCGUUUCCAGGGGAACGAACGCGGCCGGGUCAUUCUGGAGCUCUGAGUCGCUGACGGAGCGACGCGGCAGAAACCACCCCGCGGCCCCAGAGGGGGGGGUCCGCGUCCGAGGGGGGGGCUACAGCGAGGUUCUGCUGGACUACGUCUGGGAGAAGCAGCGGCAGCUGCAGCGCCAGCAGUCGCAGCCCAGCAGGCCGCUCCACAGCGCCGGCUCCGCCCAGCAGCCCACGGGAGCCCCGCCCGUCUACCGUGGUCACCACGGCGACCAGCGCAGAGUCACCGUCACCCGCACCAAGUCCUGCGGCCCGUUCCUGCCAGUGCAACAGAACCACGGUGACAUCACCAAACAGGUUCCGCCCGCCAUCCAACCAGACCCCCACCCCCACCUCCUGCCCCCCCGCCCGCCGCAGCUGCCCCCCCAGCAGGACUCGCAGCUGGAGGAGGCCACCCGAAGCCUCCACAAGGCCCUGGCCCUGGAGGGUCUGAGGGACUGGUACCUGAGGAACACCUUAGGAUCCACCCACCAGAACCAGGCCGGUGGAAAGGUCUCGUCAGCUGCCAACACUAAGCCGAGUGGUGGGGUCAAAGGUCAGACCGGAGGGGUUGGCGCCCUGCAGCAAAGACGCACGGCCCACGGAGUCCUCCAGCAGUCAACCUAUCAGAGUCAUCACUACGCCGCGCCGCAUCACAAGCAGACGCUGCCGCACUCCGCCACGUUCCACGGACAUCCGCUGCACGGGAGGUCUGUGGACGGCUCGCUCUACCAGGACUCCUGUCCGUCCCAGAAACAGGAAGUUCCCCUCAGAGACUUGGCGGUGGACCAGCCGUCUCCUGGGACUCUGGUCUGAUCACCAGCCAAUCAGAGGAACAGAC